GCACCAGAAGGUUCACCACAGAGUGUGUAUGGCUACAAUAUUUCAUCGACUUCUCUUAAAAUCGAAUGGGGCGAAACUCUGAGCCCAAAUGGCAUUAUAACGAACUAUGCUGUUAAAUACUGGGAAACAUCGGGUGGUGUCUUGAACAGCGUUGAAAUACUGACAAACAGUACAAUGAAGACAUGGACUAUUUCUAGAUUAAAGAUUUUUACCAAGUACACAUUUGUCGUCCGAUCGUUUAAUAUUUUUGGAGUAGGCCCAUGGAGUGCUGAAUACACUGGAUCAACAGGGGAAGGCG